AUGACCCAAGCGAGGCAGGUAAGGGACCUAAGGGACAAGAUCUAUGGACUGCUGUCACUCGUAAAGAAUAAGAAUUCGCUCCCGUAUCUUCCAACCUACGAUAUUGACGCGCGCCCGCUAAUCGAGCGAGCGCGACUCAGAGUACAAGGCGAUACUGUCCUAGCCUUAGGUGUAGUUGUCGAUGGAAUCGAAGCUGUUGGCACACAAAUAGAAUGUUGCGCUCAAGAAACAGGACAGUCGUACGACGAUGUCGAGUGGACUCAAAUGGGGUUGAUCCAUACCAAGUUUCGGAAGAUGGUCGAUAAGAGUACAGCAUACGGCUCUUCAGAGGACGUAACAGAAGAAGUGAGAUCACAUAAAGUCGUCGGCGGACGAGACACGGACUACCGUCGGCGACCCAAGAUGCGAGCAUAUCAUGGAGGCUCAGAAACGGAUAGUGCAGACAGCUGA